AUGGACGCCGAUGAUCUGUUGCGUGAGUUCUCUAGGCUGGCUACUACGGAACGUACGGACUUUCUAUCUGGCCUGUUGGAGCUUUGUUCCGCUCCAGAACUGCGUCGACUACAGGAAGGCUUAUGGAACAGACGGGCUUUUGGAUUAGACCUACUUUCUGAACUCCCACAAGAGAUAUCCUGCCACAUCCUCUCCUUCCUACCAGCGCCAGACCUUGGAAUGAUAGCAAGAGUGUCAUCAAGGUGGAAACUUAUCGUCGACGAUCCAUCAGCAUGGAAAACGAUAUGGAUUGCCAAUAUUGGAAACCUGCAACCGUUGAAACUGCCCAUGAUAGACUACCGGUCUGAUGUCCGGACGCUGUUAGAGAAGCUGUACAAAUGGAAGAGAUAUGAAGUCAAAGUAUCUAGAUUCGUGGCUUUGAGUGUUGCUACGAGGGUUACUGCUAGUAAAUUGGUGCCGUUUCCGGAUGGCAAACAGCGAGUCGUUAUUGGGACGGGAUCGAGAGCAUUGAUUGUCUAUGAGGAUUUUGCCAGCCCUGUGCAGUUGGCGUGGUGGGAGUGCCAUUCAGUCUCUGUAGUAGAAGGGACGCCUGAAGUGAUUGUAACUGGGAGCUUCGACCAAACGAUACAGUGCUGGGAUUGGGAAGGCAACCGAUUACAAACAAUGAGGGGGCAUCUAAACUCUGUAACAACAUUAGCCUUGGCGAAUGAACUUCUCUUCUCUUCAGGCCCUGACAAAAGUCUGAUUGCCUGGAACUGGAAGACUGGCGCUAGACUGAGAAUGCUUCAUGAAGCAAAUGUGUCGAGCCUAAAAGUGGCAGACAAUGUCCUUAUAUCUGGUAGCUUUGAUGGCAAAAUCACCCUAUAUAGCACCGACGCAGAGCGCCCACUGGAAGUCCUCUGCUCUAUAACGCUGCCGUCGCCUAUAAUAUCCCUGGAUUACUCACACUCUAGGCUGAUUCUUUCAUGUGGUAGCGGUCUGAUACUGGGUAAAAUGGAGCUAAAAAGCUUUAAUCAAGAAGAGUUCGAGUCGGGGUUGUGCUUUGUCCAUUCUAUAUCUUCAGGUAUGGUGAGGUGGUGUAUAGAAGGACACAACUUUGUUGUGGCUCGAGGCGAUGGACUCGAGCUAUGGUCCGUGCAUCAGCCUGUGCAGCAAAAGUCUGCUGCUGGUAAGAUCAAGCAACUUGGUUGCUCAUAUGUCAGAACGUUGAGGCAGCGAUCAACGGGAGCCAGUGUAUUCUGUGCGUUUGAAACGGAUUCAAACAGCUGGUGGGCUGUUACCAAGCAAAGCGCCUUGUACGUGUAUAGCUUUGUCCAAGGGGGUGCACCAACGUCGCUCUAG